AGCACAUUUGUCAAUUUCCACAAGACAAGCACACUGUUUGGAAUCGAAGCAUUGCUUUUUAAGAGUGCAUCAUUCAGUUCCAGUUAGUUUGCGAUAACACAACUGCGAAGUGGCUCAAAAAUCUGUCACAAGGAGAACGAGAACUUUCUACUACAAGCAAGUAUGAUCAAGGCAUUGUCGAUAUUGGCGUUGCUCUUCGGAGCUGGACUCGCUGCCAUCUUAGAAAAAACAGACAAUUGCAUCCAAAAGUGUACCAAACUUGAAGGAUUCUCACCCGUUUGUGACGAGGCCAACUACCAAUACGACAACAAUUGCAUUGCCACCGAGUGUUCUAAGACAAAAUAUCGCAUUGUUUGCCACAAAGAAUGUCCGUGCAAAUUGGAAUGUCAGGAGUGCCAAACUAAACCGGAAAGUCCAGUGUGUGGAGUGGACGGAAAAAACUAUCGAAACAAAUGCGAGGCCCAUUGCAACAACGUUGACAUUGAAUGCGAAAAAGUGUGCGGAUGUUGGGACUAAAUAUGAAUAGUUCUCUUUUUCCAAUAUAUAUCUUGCAACCAAUUUGACUCGACAGAAUAAAGACUCCAUGAUUCGGCCAAAAUCCCGGGGUAGGUCGUUUUACCGAUGGAUGGACAAAUUGGA